CGCAUGUCGAAAGGGAAACCAUCCGGGAUGUUCCUCCAUAGGAGCGUGUAAGUAUAUUGAGAAGCACCACAUCAAGUACGUAGAUCAAAUUUACGUCAUCGCUUCACUUCACAGCAAUCGCCCUAUUGUGUUUCGCAAGUCUUGCCAGUCUACGUGUAAAAAAACAAGUAGAAGAGAUCAAAAUGCAAGAUUUUUUGCAGGAGAAGAUAGCUUCUUUGCAGCUCUCUCCGGGCAAUGACGAGCACAGAACGCGCCCCCGGUCGAGAUCGCUUGCCGCCUUCCAGAAUUACUGCACCGCAAAAAUACAAGAAGUUGUGCACGUACUUGUGGUGUUUAUGAUUCUUUUUGUUUAGUUUGAUGUGGUGUGCAACGUGGACGAACUUGCGCUUUCUCUUUCUCCAGCGCAGUAAGUACUUUGACAAGCAAUGCUCGGAAAAAAAAAGUUGCAUUUGACAAUUAUCAGACCGUCGACGAGCGCAACUUGAUGACGAAGCGGUUGAUGACCUCCCCCAGUAAGAACGGGAAGAAGCGCGUGUCCGAGGAGCAGAUGCGGCUUUUCACCAUGCAGUUAUCCCGGCCGAGGAACACACUUAUUCCCCGUUCCGCGUCCCCGGGAAAGCGCCACCGACGCAGGUUUGCGAAGUCGGACCUGGAAGGCCCGAUCCCGGUGGGUAUGAGCCAGACCGUUGGGGGACACAACUUCUUCGGGGGUGUCUUCAAUGAGGACAGCAUCUACGGGCUCGGAUUAGAUGACGGUUUGGAGGACGGAGUACUUGAUUAGAUUGAUUUGUUGCCUUCGUUUAAUACUGUGGCUAAUCUCGCUUCGUUUACUGCAGCUCAUAUUCUCACUCGUUACCUGUGGCUACAUUUCUGACAACAGAUCAAAUCACAGCAAAAAAACGCUUGGCCAUCCAAACUCUUCAGGACGAAAACCUCCACGAUGAAAGCCUGUUCCGUUGCACCGCGCGCACCGCGACCAGCGUUGAUGUGCUACCAAGAGCGAAAAAUGCACCCGAGGAUCUUUCCCCAGGCGGUCGACGAACGCUAGGAUUGGUGAAGAAGAAUCUCGACGGUGGUCACGAAUCCGUGCCGGACUCGCAAGAACAGCUGCAGGCCGGAACAACGGAAGUAGACGGCGGAGAAUUGUUUGCAGGCACGUCUACGUUGCUGAAUUUUCAAAACGGCGGUUCCUCCUCCUCUACCAGCGGAAAUAACCAGGAGAAAACGCAGAAGGAAAUCGAGCGCAUGGGGUUUCUGCACGACAUGUUCAUGGGCGGAAAAACGCUGGUGCGGGACUUCCAACUGGACGAAGCAAAGCGGCUGCGACGGGAGAAGAGACAGAAGGAGAUCGAGCAAGCCAGGAAGAACCGCCAGGUCCCCAACCCGUGGGAGCAACUGCGCAAAGAACGCGAGCGGGGGCCGGGGGACCUCCUUUUUGGGAAUGACGACGGCGCGUCUACUGGGACUGGCACGGCGAACAGCGUGAAUGGCAGCAGUGCGAGUACCAACUACAUCUACAUGCACGGGUUGCCAAGAAAUAGAAAGGAACUGGUGGAGAAGAAGUCGCUCGUAGGAGCCACGCGGGCCUUCAAGCCGGAUCUGCAGCUCGCGAAAAAACGGCGGGAGAGGGCCACGAACAAAGGGAAGUUGGACGAUCUGGCCUCCGUUCUACAGCCCGGCUGAUCUUCGUAGGAGCGUGCAGUACCUUCGUGGUGUGAUUCCUCGGACCUUCAGCAGUGACAAGACGGCUGUGGAGGAAGCUCGUCCCUGUGCUGCCGAAAAGUGAAGACGUGCACUGAUAUGAACAAUGUUCGCACUACUUCCGUGGAGUGGUAUGCACUUCCUUAGCAGGAAUAAAGACCUAGAGAAUUAUUUGCGCCAGACUUCAAACAAGAGCUCACAUGAAGAUAUCGGACUGACCGUUUUGUGUGUAUGUGGUGAUGAUGAUGAUGAUGUGAUGAAUAGAUUUUCAUCGGUGAACUUGGACGCCAGUAAAUGCGAUGAGUCGAAACAAACGUGAAGCAAAUAAUGGUAGCAUCAGGCUACGCCAAGUUGAUCAAGAAAUCAGAUCUACUUUCAAAAAAUGAACGACAACGAUCAAGAUUCGAGGAGAAUCUCUGAACGAUGCCAA